AGUCGCCCAGCAAGCAGCGUGUUCACCUCUAGCGGACAGACGCGGAGGAGAAAUUGUGUAAGAAGAUGUUGAGUCGACUGAUGAGCGGCAGCAUCAGGAAUCUGGAGAGAGAAUACAAUUGUACCGUCAGGCUUCUGGACGAUACGGAAUAUACCUGCACGAUUCAGCGCGAUGCAAAGGGACAGUUUCUGUUCGACUUGAUCUGCCACCACCUAAACCUGCUGGAGAAGGACUACUUUGGAAUCAGAUAUGUGGACCCUGACAAGCAGAGGCACUGGUUGGAGUUCACAAAGUCAAUUGCCAAGCAAAUGAAAUCUCAACCCCCGUUCACCAUGUGUUUGAGGGUCAAGUUCUAUCCACCAGACCCUGCUGCUCUGAAAGAGGAAAUCACCAGAUAUCUAGUGUUCCUGCAGAUCAAAAGAGACCUGUACCACGGCCGCCUCUUGUGCAAGACUUCAGACGCCGCCAUGCUGGCUGCCCACAUCCUCCAAGCUGAGAUCGGGGACUAUGAUCCAGGGAAGCACCCAGAGGGGUACAGCUCCAAGUUCCAGUUUUUUCCCAAGCACUCGGAGAAGCUGGAGCGCAGGAUUGCCGAGAUCCACAAGACGGAGCUGAUAGGACAGACUCCUGAAACGUCAGAGCUGAACUUUCUGCAGAAAGCGCAGAUGUUGGAAACGUAUGGGGUGGACCCACACCCAUGCAAGGAUGUAUCCGGGAACCCGGCCUUCCUGGCCUUCACGCCAUUUGGGUUUGUUGUGCUGCAGGGGAACAAGAGAGUUCACUUUCUCAAGUGGAACGAGGUGACCAAACUGAAGUUUGAAGGGAAGACGUUUCAUAUAUAUGCAAAUCAGAAGGAGGACAAAAAGAUCAUCCUGACAUACUUCGCUCCGACACCUGAGGCUUGCAAACACCUGUGGAAGUGUGGGGUGGAGAACCAGGCCUUCUACAAGUUGGAGAAGUCAAGUCAGGUGCGAACUGUUUCCAGUAGUAACCUCUUCUUUAAGGGGAGUCGGUUCCGAUACAGCGGGCGAGUUGCUAAGGAAGUUAUGGAACAGAGUGCGAAAAUCAAGCGAGACCCUCCUGAGAUUCACAGGGCGGGGCUGGUACCCAGUAGGAGCUGUCCCUCCAUCACUCACGGCCCCCGCCUUAGCAGUGUUCCCCGAACACGCCGGAGAGCCGUACACAUAUCUAUCAUGGAGGGUCUGGAGUCCCUGCGGGAUAGUGCCCACUCCACGCCGGUGCGCUCCGUCUCCCAUGGCGACUCCUUCCUGCCGCGUUCCCGCAGCAUGAUGCCGGACGGCGCUGAGGGGUCGUCGGUCAUCGCAGACGAGGCCUACAGCCCCGCUGACAGCGUGCUGCCCACCCCGGUGGCCGAGCGCAGCCUGGAGCUGGCCGUCUCUCGCCAGAGCAACGGCGCCCCCUGCAGCAUCGAGGAGGAGAAGGAGUCGGAGGCGGGGACUCCCUCGGCCGGAGACGGGGCGGAGGUGGGGGCGGACGGCAGGGAGGGCGGGGCCUCGGCGUCCGGCGGAGCGGAACAGGUGAAUAAGUUUGUUUUAAGUGUCCUCCGCCUGCUCCUUGUGACCAUUGGACUCCUCUUUGUCUUGCUCCUCCUCCUCAUCAUUCUUACCGAGUCUGAGCUUGACGUUGCUUUUUUACGUGACAUCCGUCAGACCCCCGAGUUUGAGCAGUUCCAUUACGAAUACUUUUGUCCCCUCAGGCGAUGGUUUGCCUGCAAGUUCUGCUGGCUGGGCGGUCCGCUCGUUAACAAGUGAAACUGAGGGAGGGGGCCGCACGCGUGGGCCACGCCCGCCCCUCCCUCCCUCUUCCCCCACCCCGUGUUGGGGAUACGAGAAGACGAUAACGCAAGCGAGCGAUGGAGGGCAGCCCCAUCCCAACAUGAACCCAGCUUCUCUCAUGACCC